GCCCAAUUAUCCAUGAGUUGAUGAUAACUUGCUUGAUACUAUGGCGGUAAUCAUAAGCCACUUAUCAGGGAGUAUCAGUUCCAUCAGAGUAUUAUCACGAUCACUUCCAAGCGACAGAGAGGGAACAAAAGAGCCCUCUGCUUCUCGUCCGCCGCUUUUGGCUCUCCACCCAAUCCAGCCACCACCCGACCUACCUACCUUCUCGAUACCAAUCCUCUAGACACCGACGACGAACCAAGGCCCUCUAGGUAAGCAGAGUGAAAGACAACAGGCGGCGACGGACGAAAGCUGUGGUGAAGCGUUGCUUCGUGGGAAUCGAUAAGCGAAACGCACAACGGCGGAAAUCCCAUGGGAAAAACCAUCCCUCGACGACGCUUCUUACCCGCCUGCCGCAAUGAACAGCUGAAGGGCGUUCGGGAUGCGCAUCUCGAAGUUUCUCUUGAAAUUCCCAGAGCAGAAAACAAAGUUGCUGACGGUUCCCUUCUUUCGUUCCCCCACAGUCGUAACUUUCUUGCCCUCAAGUGCCUUCUUCCACCCGUCGCUUGGACUUCACCACAUAACACCGACUUCAAUAUGAGCCACCAAUCCCGCCGUAGCAUGUGCAGCUUCCUCUUCUGGAUGAAGACAACGCUUGCCCUUCUUAUCGCACUCGGUGCGAUGGCGGCAAUGUCCCUGAUGGUCUACAAGAAGCACAAUGACGCUGUGAACGCCGGGCCAGCCAAGAAGAUCAACGUCCCUCAAGUGGCAACAACGGACCCCACGCUUGCCGGCCCUACUCAGGUCCCUGUCGCCGUGCCCGCGCCCUUACCCGUUGCUCCACCCCCCGCAAUAACACCGGCUCCCGCGGCCCCCGUCGUUGCUCCCCCUGCUCAGGUGACACCUCCGGUCGCGGGCCCAGCUGUUCCAGCGGAAACUCCUCUUCCCACACCACCAGUUGACACCCCUGCCGGUCCCGCCGACCCCCCCGUUAACCCGGACAUCCCUCCACUCAACCCCGUCGACCCCCCAGCAGCUCCCGCUCCCGCUGCUCCCGCCGCCGGAGGGGUCGUUGGAGCCGCUAUCGUCCCAAGCCCCACAGCAGGGUUUGCCGCAGGAUUCGCCCGCCGAUCACAACAGGCACCUCAAGCCGGCUCCAUCCGAGUAGGCCUCGGCUCGAUCCACUUCGCCAACGCUCUCGGACCCAACAUCCAGGUCGUCAAGGUAUAAAAACAGCGAGCACCACCACCACCACCCACUGUCGCAACCUUUCGACAGCCAUUAUCGCUCGGUUCGCACUACCACAACCCUUUUAUACAUUAUAUACAUAGACUUCGGCGGGUAACAUCACAGGCAUAUACAUCCUACAAAAAAGACGGCGUAGUAUUCGUAUACAUAUCCCCAACGGUCCCUUUUGCACAAAGACAUCGUACCUUCCCGCCAUUAAUGCCCUCCCUCUCCCACCCGUUUCGCUCGACUUCCGGCGUUUUUUCAUUUAUAGACGUUAGUGAUGUAGAUACUGAACUUUUCUUUCCUUUUCGUUUCCUUCAACGUCUGUGCUGUUUGUUAUCGUAGUGUUUGGAAUGAAAGUGAUAUCCCUACUCUG